AUGCAGCUCUGGGCUUAUCUCCUUCCUGUGGCCACCAUUGGUCAAGUAGCCAUGGCCUACAGCAGCAACUGUGAGGGGUCUUUCGUCCUUGACACGGACCUGGUUUCCAUUGACAAGGACUGCGCAAAAGCCAUCUCCAAUAUCGACACAUCGGCAACAUACAACGAUGGCAGUCAGUUCAGUGAGGGCCACUGUUAUCUGGUCUAUGCUACAAAUGGCAGUGGUGAUCAGCCUGUUAGCGGACAGACGAUUCAUGACGUUGCCCAGAGCAUUCUUGAUGGCUGUGCAAAGAAGCACGGGAGCUAUGGAACUGGAAACUGCGAUGCCUGUCAUGUCACUGUCAAUUACCGAUCCUGA